AUGUGUGCAAAUAUUGAUGAUAAAAGGCUCGAUUUAGAAGUAUGCACAGAUAAUUCUCCGAUAUAUUUGAACGAUGAUGAAUUAUAUAAUAUGCACGAAUGUACAUUGCAAAUGUAUCGUCAAAAUAAAAUAUGUGCAAAAAAUGCAUUUAAUCUAAAACUGUUAGAAUAUUUACCGGCCAUCUUAGGACGAAAAGGAAAAAUUUCUAAUGUUGAAAAUGAUGAAAAUAUAAUAACAACAUUUCAAUCUGUAGGAGCAACGUUAGACGCCUCAGCUAAAAUUUAUGCUGCUCGAAUUGAUUCACUAUAUUAUGAAACAAUUAAAGCUCAGACAUUAUUGAAGUCCAAUGAAUUACAACACCGAGAAGAUAUUCGAAUUGCUGAGACUAAUAGAAACACAAAUCAUAGUAGUGACGAUGAUGGAGAGGAUCAAGAUAAUAUUGAUAGUGACUUCACAAGACAAAAAACGAAGAAAAGUCGCAUUCUGGCUAGGAAAAAGACAAUUAUUAAUGACAGAAAAAAAUUGCUAAGAAAACAAACAUCUGUUGACGUGAUGCCUGUGAUGAAUACAUUUUUUUUAUCAGCAAUGAACAAUGACAAUAUAUUAUUAAGUGAAUUGUAUGAAAAAUUAUGUUCAUCAAAGAAGAAAAUGAAAAUCGCCAAAGAAUACGUCAGCAGAUCAAAGCCUAUAACAAGUGCCUGGUGCAUGAAGAAUAAUAAUUGUGAACUAGUAUCGACUGUUCCAACGUCUGAAACAUUGCAUAUUGAGACAACAAUGGCUCAGCUUAACUUUGACAUGGCUGUUGAUGAUCAAACACCGUCAAUAGUUCAUGGAAAAUUGUCGCCUAAAUCAGUUAAUCAAAAGACAAUGAUCGCACAUGAUACUAUAAUAACACCAUUAUCUGUUGAGACUUGUGUAGAAGGAAAUACACCAUUAUCGAUUCAAUCAAUUCAAGAUACAAGUUUGUCUUACUCAUCUCCCACUUUUUUCAACACACCUCCGAUCUCUAUACCCUCUACUGUCUCUCACGAACGUUUUCGUAGCGCAAGUAUUUGUAGCAACAGUAUUAUAACCAAUGUUAAUCAGCUAUUGUCAGAUAAACUAGAUGAAUAUUCUUAUUUUGAUAAAACACGUUUGGACGAAUUUACAUCAAAAUCAAUAUUGGGCAUAUCAGAUCGAACAGUAACAGUCGAUAAUAAUGAAGACAGUAAUCAUCACGCUGGCGGAUCCCAGACAGCGAAAGGACACAUGCUAAAACGUAAAUUAAGCAUUGAAUUUCCAUUUUUAAAUCAAAAAAAGAAAAUGCUUAGAAAAACAAUAGAAAAACAAGACCAGCCAUCCUUAUCAAACAGCCAAUUAUCGGUUGAAUCGGGUUUUGUAAGUAGUUCAGAUAAUGAUCAAUCAGAUAAAAAUCUUCUAAUAUCAACAGUAUCAUCGUCAGUUAUCAAUGACAUUAAUGAUAUAUCCGGACCGCCUAUAUCAUCCAUGCUUUUAUCACUCAAUAUCGAUAGCAUAAUGACGCCGACAGAUUGUAUACAAACACCUCUUCAAAACUCAACAUCGCUUACACCCUAUACAAGUAUUAGUUGUAAACCAACAUCUAGCUUUGAUAUAGAUGCUAUUUCACCAGAGAAGACUUCCUUACAUCAUAGACAGUCCACCGCAUCCAUAACAACAAUGAUAACACCCAUAGCUGGAGAAAAAGUUAAUUUUCUUAUACCGAUGAUACCUACACAGAAAAAACAGUCAAUUGAUGUGAAAAAUCUACAAAGAGCAAUGCAUACACUCAUAACAGAUAAAAUAAAUAAUCAAGAUUCAUCAAACAAAGCUCUUGCGUUUUCGGAUGUCUAUCAAGAUCUAAUAACAACGCACUCAACUGGCUCCACGUCAACGAGUACAAACGCCUCUUCAUCUCCAUCUUACAGAUCGAUUAGUGUCUACUUUAGUGCUUUACUCAACAAUGCAGUGUUAAAUAAGUUGACUCUAACAUCAAAUGACCAACGCGACGAUAUUGAAAUUUUACUAGAAAAACGGCACGCUUACACACACACACAAAGAUGA